UUUGAUGUAUGUGUAUACUAUGCCGAAUGAUCGGAAAUGGAUAAUGUAAUAAAUGAAGAUAAUGAGAGUCUAGUGGAUACUGCGGAAGAUAAUUCGUUGUGCGAUAGAUAUGGCUUCCGUGGUGGUCAGCAAUACACGCGGCCGGAAGAAGAAGAUCGUGUUCCUCUGGAAGUUUUACGUUCACGUGAACUGAAAUGGCGUAAAAUGUGCUCUAAUUGGAGUUUGUGGUAUUUUAAAUAUCAUCAAAAAUUGCGUGAUCGAUGUCGUAAAGGCAUUCCCGAUUCAUUUCGUUGUGAAGCUUGGCAACGACUCUGUGCAAGUCCUAUGGUACUUGUUCAGCGGCAACGGAUAACAUGUAAUGACCAAAUGGAAGCACAAACAACACCAGCCUCGAUAGGCAGUAAUCAAAACAAUAAUCAUAAUAGUAAACACAAAUUUCCAAAGAGUCGUGUCGGCACAUUAUCAAAUCAAACAAAUUAUAAAAGUCUCCAAACUAUUAUCACUUCACCAAGUUUCCAUACUAGUCAAGGGAAAGAAGACGAUAGACGCAGACUCCUCUACCGAAAAUUGCAUGGAACUGAUAAUUCCAGGUUAAGUCAAGGGUCUAGUUUCCACUCUUUGCAUAUCCGAAGAAAUAAAGAUCAAAUCAAUGAUGAAUCACGUGACAGUUAUGGUUAUCCAUCAGCACUUCCUUUCUCCUUACAAAUCUCUGAAAGUCCUAAUACCAACAGAGUAUCCCCAUGGCAACGAACUGUUUUCAACGGCGAAUCACUACGAUCAGUAUCUGGUACAACAACGCAUAGCAGUCUGCAUAAUUUGCCUAGUAGUGUGCUGAUGAACAGUGUUAACUCUAGUUACAAUCAACCAGCAUUACCAUAUUCAGCUUAUUCAACAAUGGCAUCUGUACAUCAUGGCAAGUCGUGUUCACCGCCUAAAUCGAAUGCCAACUCCGUGGAUAUGACCACGAAUCAUGUGAAGACUACACCUACUACUACUAACACGAAUACGAAUACUACUAGAAAUUCUGGUGGUUAUGCCAGUUUAAGUACUACAUCGUGUACAGACAGUUCUAGUACAAAUCAUUUUCAGAAUGAAAUUCAAAUCCUUGAAGCUUCUUCUACUGACUCGUGCACUUCCAUACUGAUAUCAUCAUCUGUUGCAUCGUCGUCAUCACCAAUUUUAUAUCAUCGUCAUCAAAAUAUGAUAAAUACUGAUUCAUCUUUUAAUCAGUCAAGCAUUGGCGGCGCCGGUGGUAUUGUUAAUAAUAAUGAAUAUGAAGAUGCUAGAGCUACUCUAGUCCCAGCGAUUGAUUUAGAUCCAGAAAGAUUAUAUGCCAAUUAUUGUAUGCAAGAAGGAUUACCGGCUAAUUGUGAGCAGAUACGUCGUGAUAUUGAUCGGCAAUUUCCUUUUCAUGAAUUGUUCAGUAAUAAAGGUGGUCAAGGUCAACAAAGUCUAUACACUUUAUUGAAGGCCUACACAAUUCGACAUCCAGAGAAAGGUUAUUGUCAAGGACAAGCACCGUUAGCAGCUGUUCUCCUCAUGUUUAUGCCUGAAGUGGACGCUUUUUGGACUUUCAAUGAAAUUUGUGAACGUUAUUUAGAAUCUUAUUAUGAUGAUGGUUUGGAACGGGUACAGAUAGAUGGGGAAGUUUUGUACGCUCUACUGAAGUCAUUACAUCCUUCUAUAUACAAAUUCUUGAAAAAACAUUCAGUGGAGCCAAAUCUUGUUGUUUUGGAAUGGUUCAUGUGUGCCUAUACACGUACCUUACCUUGGGCAGCUGUAUUAAGAAUUUGGGAUAUGUUUUUCUGUGAUGGUAAAAUUAUCUUAUUCAAAGUGGCAAUCAUUCUACUUCAUCGUUUAUUUGGUAAUCCUUCUCAUCGUAAAUCAUGCAACGGAUUAGAUGAUAUUCUUAUGCGGCUGCGUGAAGUCCCAUCAGUUAUUGGCAAAUUAGAUGAUUUUAUUCGUGAGGUUGUUCGAGUUCCAAUCAGUGUGAAAGAAUUAAGUCAACAAAUUGUUCGUCAAUCACAAAAAUGGGCGGCUAAAACUAAAGAAAUAAAAAAGAAUGCCUGAAAUUAUCGAAGGACCUAUAGGCAUAUAUAAAUACACACUUGAGCAUUUAUAAAUAUAUACGUACAUAUACAUGCAUAUAUAUCAUAUCGCUUAUGGCCGUUAAUUGUGUGUUGUUCUAUGCUGCUGCUAAAUGAUUUCAUCUGACCACUACAACCACGACCGCCACCACCACUCCUCAGGUUAAAGAAAUCAUGAACACCCUGAUUGGAGAGAAAUAAAUAACUAACUUGUUUGCUAUGCCCGACUGGUGAAAAAAAAACGCUGAAUUCGACAAAAAUUUACAAUUCCCGCCUGUUUUAAGUGUAUCAUUACAACAAGAAAAAUAGUUGAAGCUCUCUCUUUCUCUACUUAUUUCAUAUACACACAGCUGCUGCUUACAGAAAACUAUUUUUCUUAGUGCAAUGGAUGUACUUAACUUAUUAAUUAAUCUCCUUUCUUUUCUUUGUUUUGUUUUUUUUCAAAAAUAAUUACCAGCAUUCUACUCAUAUUACCUGAAAUAUGUGUGUGAGUGAUCUUCACUCCUCCUCUCUUUUGAUUGGUUCAUUUUGUUUUUGUGUGUAUUUUUUACCUGUUGAUGAAGGAUACUCUCUUCUUGUGUAAUUUAAUGCAUAUACAUACUUAAAUAUUUAAAUUGAUUCACAAUUCAUGCUUCCAUACUGUUUUUGUUCUGAUUCGAUUCUACACUCAGUUAUUCGGUUGUUGUGAGACUACUUGACUCUGUACGUUGUGUGUAUGUGUGUGGAUUGAUGAGUGAAUAACAAUUUUGUUUUAUACGCUUAAAUACUACUUAUUUGUUUGAUAAGUAGUUAGUUAGCUUCAAAAAAGAAGAAAAAAACUAAUCGACAAUUAGCCGGAUAGUCAGUCUGUCAGUCAACAUCUGCAUAUAUCUAUCUUAUCUAUGGAAAUGAAAGAUACUCAUCUUUUCUGUAUAACAUAUUAAUGAUUAUUUCUAAAGUCUCCUGUUGUUUUUUUCUGUUUUAAAGGGAUUCGCUAAACUCCAUCUAUAAACCGUAGUGAUUAUUAUUAUGAGUACUACUCAUUUUGCGCUAUUGUCCUUAUCACAUUUAAUGUAGGUGUAGCCUCAUUACAACCACAGAAACAGCUAGAACAAACUGUGUACUUUACUUGCAUUUAUUAUAUAUAUAUUCAACUUUACAUUUUGUUUCGCCUACUAUUAUUGUUAUUAAUUAUUUAUUUAAUUAAUUAAUUGUUCGCCAUUAUUAUUACUAUUAUUUAUUAUCUUAAAUGACUGCUAUUUAUAUAAUUUUACAGAAAUGUGAAUUAUUACUAUUAUUAAUAAUAUUGUUAUUGAUACACAAAGUAGUAAAUAAGCAUCAAAUGAAAUAAAAGUGUAU